AACGCCGUAAAUGCUUGCUUUCUCUUUUGACUUACGAAGUUUUAUACUUUUAUAGAACUCGAAGCAAAACUGCUUCUAAAAUUUUGAUUUUAAUGUUUUACAGAAGUUUUACAAAUUACAAUUUAAACUUUAGAACUUUGCGGGUCUUUGCUCAUUCUUUUAUGAGUUGGUUAAUAGUGAACUGGUUGUGUCAGCGCCAUCUGACUCCGAAGCCAGAAGUGAGAAGUCACAAGUGAAUUCGGUUCCGAAAGGUUUUCUGUUUGCAAAACGCAGACUACUUAACAGUCGCUGUCAGUAUCAGACAUGGAUAACGAAGAGAGCGGUCCCCUCAACGCACUGUUGUCAGAAGAUGAGGCUUCGAACCCUCCAGCGGAAGCAGUUCCAGCACAAGACGAUGAUGCUGCAUUUGAAAAUGAAGAGGACCUUCUGGGCGGUGGUGAUGAGGAGGCCGAAGAUGAGCCAGAGGGAGAGGACCUCAUGGGCGACGAUAUGGAGAAAGACUACCGACCCAUGCCCCAUUUGGACGUCUAUGAUCCGGAGGAUUUGGAUGAAAGCGCCUAUUCCGAAAUGUCACAAGCUGCUCGGUUGGCAGCUGAGUUGGCCAUAGACCGUCGACGUUUGGACGAAGACCGUUUAGAUAUGGACGAUUCAGAAGGUACAGAGACCAGUGAGGAACUUGGGAAGAGAGAAGAUCAGUUGCAUAAGAGGUUUUCUCGCUCAAGAGCGGCCAUGCGGGAUAAAGAUGAAGAGAUCAUCGAGCCAGUGGAGAAUCUCCAAGAUAUGCGUGGGCAUUCCCUGCAGGAAUGGGUUACCCAGAUCGCACCACGUACAGAGAUUUUCAAUCGUUUCCGAAGAUUCUUGACUGAAUUCAAGGAUCCCGAUAGUAAAAACGCUUAUGUUUAUCGCGAUCGGAUUUCCCGCAUGUGCCGCCAAAAUCUGAACAGUUUCGAAAUCAAUUACGAACAUUUAGCCAAGGAUCAACCGGUGUUGGCCUUCUUUCUCCCCGAAUGUCCUGUAGAAAUUCUGGAACUUUUUAAUGCCGCGGCCACUGAAGUUGUCGUGAAGAUGUUCCCGAAUUAUGAGCGUAUCAAUCAGGAAAUCAUUGUCAGAGUUGCUGAACUUCCCGUUCAGGAAGACAUACGUAUGCUGAGGCAAAUCCAUUUGAAUUCUCUUAUCCGAACUAAUGGAGUUGUUGUUAGCAAUACCGGAAUUCUUCCCAAGUUAUUAGCUGUACUUUAUAACUGCGAGAACUGUGGAGAACAGAAUGGACCCAUUUAUAUUACUGGAUCAGAAGAAACUAAACCUAAAGUGUGCGUUCAGUGUCAGACCAAAGGUCCAUUUACUGUUAACGCAAAAGAGACCGUAUAUGAAAACUUCCAGCGGGUAAUCAUCCAGGAAAGUCCGGGUAAAGUUGCCGCUGGUAGAUUGCCGCGGUCCAAGGAAUGCAUCUUGAAGGGCGACUUGGUUGACACCGUGCGACCAGGGGACGAAAUUGAAGUUAUUGGAGUGUAUUCCAACAACUACGAUGGCUCACUCAACACGCGGAAUGGUUUUCCUGUUUUCGCUACUGUAAUUGUGGUAAACCAUAUCAAAAGAAAUGACGAGAAGACCCUCGCGCUGUCGUUAUCGGACAGCGAUAUCAAAGCCAUUCAGGCACUAUCCAAGGAUGAAUUCAUAACCGAACGGAUUUUUAACAGUAUGGCUCCAUCAAUUUUCGGCCAUGACGACAUCAAACGAGCGCUGGCUCUGGCUUUGUUUGGCGGCGUGCCGAAAAACCCCGGCGGCAAACAUAAGAUUCGUGGUGACGUUAACGUCCUUUUGUGCGGGGAUCCGGGGACAGCAAAAUCUCAAUUUUUGAAAUACGUAGAGAAGAUUGCCAAUCGGCCCGUAUUUACAACCGGGCAAGGUGCCUCUGCCGUGGGUUUGACAGCGUACGUCAAUAAAAAUCCGCAGACAAGAGAAUGGACGCUGGAAGCCGGAGCGCUGGUGCUUGCUGAUAAGGGUGUGUGUCUAAUCGAUGAGUUUGAUAAGAUGAAUGAUUCCGAUCGCGUUAGUAUCCAUGAAGCCAUGGAGCAGCAGAGUAUCUCCAUCUCUAAAGCAGGAAUUGUGACCUCUUUACAAGCGCGUUGCUCAGUUAUUGCGGCAGCCAACCCCAUCGGUGGACGAUACGAUGCUUCCAUAACGUUUGCAGAAAAUGUCAACCUGUCGGACCCAAUUCUUUCCCGUUUUGACGUGUUGUGCAUUGUCAAAGAUACGGUCGAUGCAGCAGAGGACGCUUACUUGGCCAAAUUUGUAGUGGAAAGUCAUUGCCGCAGUCAUCCAAAUAACACCGGCGAAGAGGAAAUGGAGGAAAUCGAACGAAGCACUUUGAGGGAAACACAUGCCGAACCUAUUGAGCAGGAUUUGUUGAAGAAAUACAUUACCUAUGCACGUGAAAGGAUUCAUCCAAAACUGCAUUCAGUUGAUCAGGACAAAAUCGCCAAUAUGUAUGCAGAAUUACGGCGCGAAUCAAUGAUUACCGGAAGCGUUGCCAUCACCGUACGCCAUAUUGAGUCCAUUAUCCGCCUAUCCGAAUCACAUGCUAAGAUGCACCUCCGCGAAUACGUCAAUGAAGAGGAUGUCAAUGUGGCAAUAACUGUCUGUCUUGAAUCCUUUGUGUCGGCUCAGAAAUUCACUGUUAUGAAGAACAUGCGCCGGAUUUUUGCCAAGUAUUUAUCUCAGCGUCGUGACAACAAUGAACUGCUGCUGUUUUUGCUGCGGCAACUUGUGAAUGAACAUCGCACAUAUAAACGGCUCAGUGGGCAGGAUCAGGAUAUGGCUAUUAAAGUUCCGGUUCGCGAACUAGAGGAAAAGGCAAAGAGGGUCAACAUUUUGAAUUUGGGAUCGUUUUUCAAGAGUGACGUUUUCGCCACACAUGGAUACAAAAUGGAAGCGACUACUAAAAUGAUCGCAGCACCGUGAAAACAUAACUGCUUUUUCUGGUAUUUUUCAAAAUACAUUAGAAGUAAAUUUUUGUCUUUGAAACAUGUUUUCUUCCGUAUUUCUACACACCAUUUGUCAGGUGGGUUGUUACAGUUAAGCUCUGUGUAACGGCGCUGUCUGCGCCUUUUUGGUUAAUGUGCAAAUUGACUUCCAUUGAAUGUAUUCGGUGUUGGUAGGCUUUGAAACUUGGGAACUGUUCCAUUUUUUUAA